UGGAGAGAGGGUGCAAUUCCGAGAAACCAAAUCCCAGAAACUCCACUUUGGACGUGUUUGGUUUCAUCUUUUUCUCCGAGAAAGGGCCACCCCACGUUUCACUUUCACUUUUCGCUUUGGGAAAUGAUGCCAUUGUGUCCGGCAAAACUCAUCAUGUAGGAGACUACUCGACCCUCGCUUUCCCUUUUCCCCUUUUCACCAGGUGGGCACGUCAGAAUCCUUUGAUUCUCAACCCCAGUUUCUGACUUAUUUUGGCUAUGGAGGAAGACAAGUACGCCAAGGAAUUGGAGGUGGCCGUGAGGGUGGUCCACGUCGCGUGUGCUCUGUGCGGGAGAGUACAGGAGAGGCUCCUUGAGACCAGCAAUGAUCACGUUGUGUCCAAGGAUGAUGAUUCUCCUGUUACUGUUGCAGACUUUAGUGUUCAAGCAACCAUUAGUUGGUUAUUAUCAGAAAUAUUUGGAGUUCAAAACGUAUCAAUUGUGGCCGAAGAAGACAUACAAACCAUCUCAAAGGAUGAAUCAGCAAGCUUGCUGGAUAAUGUUGUGAACACUGUGAAUGAGUCUUUAGCUUUUGCAUCCAAGUAUGGUCUUCAAAGUCCAGAGACAACUCUAGGAUCAACUGAAAUUCUUGAGGCCAUUUCCCGUUGCAACUCAACUGGAGGCCCCAGUGGAAGACAUUGGGUACUUGAUCCUGUUGAUGGCACAUUAGGAUUUGUACGUGGGGAUCAGUAUGCUGUUGCUCUAGCUCUGAUUGAGGAUGGAAAAGUUGUUCUUGGAGUUCUUGGUUGUCCUAACUACCCAGUAAAGACAGAAUUGCUUAAUUAUCAUUCUCGGCAUCACCAAACAAUGGCGCAAUCGUCUCUAACAACUCCUGAUACUGGAGGAAAAGGAUGCGUAUUGUACGCAAAAAGCGGCAGUGGUGAGGCUUGGUUGCAGUCAUUGAUUGAUGGAGAGAAAAUGCUGGAAUGGCCAAAUCGUGCUAGACUUAUUCGUGUUUCUUCAAUUGAUGAUCCGGCAUUGGCAACUCUCUGUGAACCAGUGGAAAGGGCAAACUCAAACCAUUCAUUCACAGCUGGACUUGCUCACAGUGUGGGACUUAGGCUCUCAACUUCUUCUUGUACUCUUUCGCCACCAACUUUAUUUGGAUCCAACAAAUUACAGGCUACCUCAAUGACACCUUCACCACGUGCAAGUGCCAUGGCCUGUACAAAGGGAAGUCCACCACCUCUUCCACUGACCCGUUUGGCAAUUCUCCGAACAGCAUUAAUAUCAUAA